AUGCCUCGCCACUACUCCGCAGCCACCCAAUCACCCCAAAAGAUCCUCCCUUUGGAUGGCGUCACAGUCGUCAGCCUGGAACAUGCCAUAGCAGCUCCCUUCUGCACCCGCCAACUCGCCGACCUAGGCGCCCGCGUCAUCAAAGUCGAACGCCCAGGCGAGGGCGACUUUGCCAGGAACUAUGACUCGAGGGUCCGAGGUCUGGCAUCGCACUUUGUCUGGACCAAUCGCUCCAAGGAGAGUCUGGCGCUCGACCUCAAGAACCCCAGGGACUUCAAGGUGCUCAAGGCACUCCUGGCCAAGGCUGAUGUUUUGGUGCAGAACCUCGCUCCAGGAGCUAGUCAGCGUCUUGGGCUCUCUUUUGAUGCGCUCAAGGAUGGGAAUGAGGGUCUUAUCGUGUGCGACAUCUCGGGAUAUGGCUCAAAUGGACCGUACCGGGAUAAGAAGGCCUACGACUUGCUAGUCCAGAGUGAGGCCGGCCUGCUCUCCGUGACGGGAACAGAAUCUGAGCCAGCCAAGGUUGGAAUCUCCAUCGCCGACAUCUCAGCCGGAACAUUUGCCUUUCAAAACAUCCUCGCUGCACUCCUCAAGCGAGGAAAGACGGGUAAAGGCUCGCACAUUGAUAUAUCCAUGCUCGAGGCCAUGACUGAGUGGAUGUCCUUCCCUUUGUACUACGCCUUUGAGGGACAAUCUGGUCCGAGCCGUGCUGGCGCAGCACACGCCGCCAUCUAUCCCUACGGUCCGUUUGACACAGCGAAUGGGGGAUCAGUCAUGAUGGGGGUGCAAAAUGAGCGCGAGUGGGCAAAGCUAUGCGCCGGAGUGCUGGGGAACGCAGAUCUUGCCAAGGAUGUGCGGUUCAACAGUAACUCGCUUCGAGUCCAGAAUCGAGUAGCUCUCAGAGAGAUCAUCUGCGCCGCCUUUUCAGACCUCAGUUCGACGGAAGUCCUUGCCAGGUUGGAUAAGGCUGGCAUUGCCAACGCAAACGUCAACGAUAUGCAGGGUGUCUGGGAACACCCCCAGCUCAAGGCCAGGGGCAGGUGGACAGAGAUUGACACUCCAGCUGGCAAGGUUCCUGCUCUUCUCCCACCCGGCGUCCCUGAUGUGGACUCUGCGAGGAUGGAUCCUGUUCCCGCCUUGGGGCAGCAUAACGGGGCUAUUUUGAAGGAGCUUGGCUUCUCUGAAUAG